AUGAAGAACUGGCUGCUCCGCUUGGCCCUCACCGUGGUGGCGCUAGUGCCACUGGCGGGUGCGGGGUCGCAGAAGGAGAAGGACUACUACCAGGUCCUCGGCGUUGCCCAGGAUGCCUCAGAAGCCGACAUCAAGCGAGCCUACAAAAAGCUUGCUUUGAAGUGGCACCCAGACAAGAAUCCUGACCAGAUGGAAGUCGCACAACGAGAAUUCAUCGCUGUGCAACAAGCCUAUGAGGUCUUAGGCGAUGCCGACAAGCGCCGCCGAUAUGACAAUCAGAAGGCCUUCUUCUCGGAGGAGUCGGGAGAAGAGUGGGACGGGGCCGACCGCGGUGGCUUCGAACCUCCUGGUGAGCCAGUUAGCAGCCUGGCUACACUCACAAGGAUCCUGAACAUGGAUGAGCUCACGCCUCAGUGA